AUGGCGCGAGUCGUCACACCCAAGUUCGGCGAGUGGGCGGGCAGCAACACGCUGACCCGGCAAGACCGCUACUCCGGCAUAUUCGCCCAAAAGCGCGCCGAGCGCUGCCGCCCGGUCUUCCCCGAGUCUCAAACCGCGCCCGCCGCCCCAGCGCAAUUCACGGCUCCCAGGGAACCCUCCCCUCCGACCAGUCGGAGUCGUCCCGGCGAUUUUGGUUCUAGUACUAUUAAGCUCGCUACUACUGGUACCUCGCCGUCUCUCGCUUCUAUCCGCCGUCGCCAUCGCAACGUCGCCGCCACUAUGCCGGCUUCCACGGCGUCUGCGGCGCUCGCGGCGGUGAGGGCGGCGCGGGAGUCUUCCGGGAUCGCGCGAGUGCCGUCGCACGGCGGAGACUACGGCGCGGGCGACGGCGAAGGCAACGAGUUCUGCCCGUCCGAAAUAAUUAGUACCAGCGGGAAACGCGGCGGCGCCAGCCGUGGCGGGAGAAUCCGCGCCGUCGAUCUGUUCGCGCGGCUCGCGGAGGACUCGACUACUACUAAGCACGACUCCGCAGGUUUCGCGGACGAAUCGCCGGUCUCUUCUGGUAAAAGCAAAGCGGCCACUAAAGCGGCUGCAAGAGGUAGCGUGAAAGGCGGGUCCCUUCGCGGGUCGUAUCGGGGCGGUGGUGCUGGCAGGGCAAAGCCCAAGUCUUUAAAGGAGUACGAGGCGCAGCUACUAAUGCUGGCGGAGCGCCUUCGGCUGGAUGACAGCGCGGAGGACGAGCAGGCGGCGGCGGCGGCGGCGGCGCGGCUGCUGCUGGCGGCGGGGAGGAUGGGCGAUCCCGAGGCGAAGCUUAGACUAGCCGCUGCUGUGCUGGCCAGUCCCGCUCCUGACGCUGCUUCAGUCGCAGAGACUGUGGCUGGGAACUGGCGCGGAAAGAUGGGGAUCAAGCUGAAGAGCCGGGCCAGUGUGAUCGGCGGCAGUGUGAGUGCGAGGAGCAGCGUUGGCGGGAAGCCCGGUGUGGGUGUAAGGAGUGGCAGGGUUGCUCCGAGCGUGGUGGAAACGCGGAUUGCUGCUGAGGUGGAGGAGCUAGUGGCUGCUGCUGAGCUGGCAGUGGAGGCAGUUGAAGUGGUUGAGGCAGAGGUGGAGAAAGCUGGAGAGGAGACUGGCAAGGCGGGAGAUAAGCAGGAAGGAGGGGGGAUAAAGGAGACACGGAGCUGUGCGAGUGGAGAGGACGGUGGCUAUGCUGUAGCUGCCGCACAGGCAGCAGAGCUCAAUUCAGACAGCAAUUCGGAGAAAACCAGAACAGGCUCAGCACCAGGGUCUCCAGUGGCAGAAACUCCGCGUGGGAAGGUAGCUAUGGCAAGGGCUGCUGCACGGGCACUGCUAGCUGCAGCAGGAGCAGCACUGGUUGCAGGCUCAGCAACCAAAGAACGAGUGGGAAGACGAUGGGAGCAGCAGCGCCAUGCCAUAGGGCAUGCUGCACACGCUGUGAUGAGAAGGCGACAGAGGGAUCAGCAGCCAGAGAACUCCAAUGCUAAGGCAGAAGAUCAGGGCAAACGGCAGGGAGUGAGAGGCUCGGAGGAUUUGCGGCAGAACGACAAGAUUGUGGGUAGUGCGGCGAACUUUGUCUGA